CUGACAAGAAGUAGGCGACCGAAAAUUUUCUCCCGUCUGUUGCGAAAAUGUCUCGAGGGUUGGAAACGAAACCAAUAACGAUGAUGCGAAAGAAGUUCUUUCGCUAUGUGUUGAAGGGAGCCCAUUUUUUCAUAAAAACGAGAAAGCAAAAAAGAUUUACACUGCCCGAUUUGGUGUCCUACGUCUACCUCAAAAACCAACGAAUGGACAGACUGGAAUUCGUGGAAUCAAUGGUUAAACUGGCGGUGGAAAGAUACAAAAGGCUCGACCUAUUGGCAGAAACUCCCAGGGGGAAAUUUCAUCUUAAGCCAAAAAUUUCCCAUUCAAAUAUUGCCCCGCCACUAGAACCCUUCCAAAUUACCGAUGUGGAAGCAUCGGAAGAGGAGAUUCAAGCGGAGGAAUCACCCAUCCAAAUUAACAAUGUAACAUCUGAAGAGGAGAUUCCACCGGAAGCGUCUACAUCCCAAUCAUUGGGAAAUGAAGCCCUUCGGUACAGCAAAGACGACAAAAAUAUUGUAAUUCCGCCACAAAGGAAGUGCUGGUUUUGUAAUAUUAUGUAAUGUAUCUAUAGUGUAUUUAUAUUUAUUAAAAUCUUUAUUUUGAAAUAGC